UCAGGAUAGUGUUGUUUGGAAAACGUGAUGACAAAAAAACUAUAUUGGGAAACAUCCUCAUCGGGAAAAAAGAGUUUCAUGUGUUCAUGCCAAAAGUCUUUACAGGAAAACAGUGUCAGGCUGCAAAUGGAAAGUGGAGAGAGAAAUCAUUAACAGUAGUGAAAACUCCAGACAUCUUCAGUCUGCCUGUGGAAACUGUGAGACAAGAGAUUAAGAGAUGUGUGACUCUUUGUCCUCCUGGACCAAAUGUUCUGCUGCUGUUAGUGAAGCCUUCUGAUUUCACAGAGGAGGACAGAAAAACACUGAAGUUCAUCCUGAGUUUGUUUGGUCAAGAUGCUUUUAAACACUCCAUGGUCAUCAUGAAACACAAGGAGAAUGAUAUUUCAGGUGUGAAUCAGCUGCUUAAAGACUGUGGAGGAAGACACUACAAGAUGUUUGACAGUGACCAUAACCUGUUAAUGGAGAAGAUUGAGAACAUUGUGCAUGAAAACAAAGGAACCUUCCUCACCUUCACUGAAGAGACCAUAAGAUCAAAGUCUGAACACAUUAAACCAGUUUUAAAGCUGGUUCUGUGUGGGAGGAGAGGAGCAGGGAAGACUUCAGCAGUCAAGGCCAUUUUAGGUCAGACAGAACUUCAUUCAGUCUCCAACUCAUCAGAGUGUGUUAAACAUCAGGGAGAGGUGUGUGGACGUCGGGUUUCCCUGGUGGAGCUGCCUGCCUUGUAUGGAAAACCUCAGGAGGCAGUGAUGGAGGAAUCAUUCAGGUGUAUCUCCCUCUGUGAUCCUGAGGGCGUCCAUGCCUUCAUCCUGGUCCUACCUGUGGAUCCCCUCACUGAUGAAGACAAGGGAGAGUUAGAGACCAUCCAGAACACAUUCAGCUCUCCAGUCAAUGACUUCACCAUGAUUCUGUUCACUGUGGAGUCAGAUCCUACAGCUCCAGCUGUUGUUGACUUUGUAAGAAAGAACAGAGACAUCCAGGAGCUCAUUCAGAGCUGUGGAGGAAGAUAUGUUGUUCUCAACAUCAAGGACAAGCAGCAGAUCUCUGAGAUGUUGGAUACUGUGGAGAAGAUGAGACUCAACAAUAAUAAACCAUUCUGCUAUACAACAGAAACAUUUGCACAUGUCCAAAUAGAGAAGAUCAUACAACAACAGACAAUCAUCACCACACUUCAGACUGAGCUUAAGGCAAUGAACACAAAAACUAUGGUCAGCUGUGAUGAUGAGAAUCAGAGCUCAGAGAGUCUCAGGAUUGUGCUGAUAGGGAAGACUGGCAGUGGAAAGAGCUCUUCAGGAAACACCAUUCUGGGAAGAAAAGAGUUUGAGGCUGAGUCAAGCCCAACAUCAGUCACCAGGCUUUGUCAGAAAGCACAGAGUGAAGUAGACGGUCGUCCUGUCGUUGUGGUCGACACUCCUGGACUGUUUGACACAACUUUGUCCCAUGAAGAGGUUAAUGAGGAGAUGGUGAAAUGCAUCAGUCUUCUGGCUCCAGGACCACAUGUCUUCCUGUUGGUGGUACAGAUUGGCAGAUUCACACAAGAAGAGAAGGAGACAUUAAAACUCAUCAAGGAAGUCUUUGGGAAGAAUUCUGAAAAGUUCACCAUCAUUCUUUUCACAAGAGGAGAUUCACUGGAACAUGAGAAGCGGUCCAUUGAAGAUUACAUUAGAAAAAAAUGUGACAAAUCAUUCGAGGAUAUGAUUGACAAAUGUGGAGGAAGAUACCAUGUGUUUAAUAACUUUGAUCAACAAAACCGCACACAAGUCAGUGAACUGAUAAACAAGAUUGACUCCAUGGUGAAGAAAAAUGGCGGCAGCUGCUACACCAAUGAGAUGUUCCAAGAGGCCGAGGCAGCAAUUAGGAAGGAAGUGCAGAGGAUCCUGAAGGAGAAAGAAGAAGAGAUGAAAAGAGAGAGGGAGGAACUUGGAAGAAAACAUGAAGAAGAAAUUCAAACAAUGGAAAGAAGAAUAAAAGAACAGAGAGCAGAAAUUGAAAAGGAGAGACAACUGAGAGAAAAAGAAUUCAAGGAGAAGGAGGAAAAAAUUAACAAGGAGCGUGAACAGAGAAAGAUAGAACAAGAAAAGAGAGAAGAAGAAGACAAGAAAAGGAAAGAACAGGAAGAAAUUCAGCGACAAAAGUGGGAACAACAACAAAAAGAUCUUGAGGAAAGAAUAAAGUCAGAAUCCAAAGAAAAAGAAACCAUUGAUAAAGAGCUGGUGCAGAGUAGAGCAGAGAUGAGAAAAAAACAAGAGGCCUGGGAGAAGGAACGCAAAGAAAAACAAAAAGAAGAUGAACAGAGACAACAGGAGGCACAAGAAAGACUAAGGAAGCUCCAAGAAGAAUACGAGCAGGAAAGAGAAAAAUAUGAAAACAAAAGGAAAGAAGAAGAUCAGAUCAGAAGGGAACAGGAGGAAAAGGAGCGGAAAGAGUUAGAAGAAAACUAUAACACAAAACUGGAGAAUAUGAAGAAGAAAUAUGAAGAGGAGGCCAGAAAACGAGCUGAAGAGUUCAAUGAAUUCAAAGAGAAAAAGGAGGCGGACUUUGCAGCUCAAAUAGAAAAACACUUGGAGGAAGUGAUGGUUCUGAAGCAACAACAUGAGGCCGAAAUGAAGAAGCAGCAGCAGGAUUAUGACAGCUUGAAAGAACUCGCAGACCACAAAGAAAAAAAUCUGAAACAAGUUAUGGAUGAACUGCAGAACAAACAUAAGGGAGAAAUGACUGACUUGAUACUGCUACUUCUGACCCAAAAGAAAGAAAACAGGGAAAAACUAAGGACAAUGCAGGAACAACACAGAAAGGAGGUGGAUACAUUUAUAAAAGAUCUUUCAAGCCAAAACAGAAAAAGAGAAAAGGAACAAAUUGAUAAAUUAAAGAAAAAACACAACCAGGAAAUGAAAGCCCUGGACAAGGAACCUUCAACCCCAAACCAGAGCAUAAAAAGGUCUGAAUUGUCCAUCAAACAUGCCCAAGAUAUUAAUGAGUUGAAACAACGACUUCUGACCCAACAGCAACAACAUCAGAGGGAACAGCUGGAUAAAUUACUGAAACAACAUGAGCAAAAACUGAAUGAUUUCAAAGAGCAAAUUCUGGAAGAAAACAAAAGAAAUGAGAGAGAAAAAAUGGAUGAAUUACAGAAGAAACACGAACAAGAGAUGAAUGAGUUGAAACAGCAAUUGAAGGGAGACAGUCAGGAGGAAGAAUUGAAUGACCUGCAGAGAAAACAUGAAAAAGAAAUGAAUAACUUGAAGGAGAAACUUCUGACCCCAGAGGAUCAAAAGUCCUGUUGCAUUUCAUGAGAUGUUCAUCUAUUCCAACAGCAGCUCAUCUUGUCAUGUGUUUUUUACUUUUAAUAUCCUCUAAGCCAUCAGAGGCUUGCCAUACUUUUUGAUGUAUAUAAGUCAAGUUCAUUUUAUUUUUAUAGCCUUUAAAAUUUCCCUCAAGGGGCUUUACAAUCUGUACAGCAAUGCAAUAUUCUCUAUAAGGAAAAACUCCCUUGAAAAAUGGAAGAAACCUCAGGAAGGGCAACCAAGGAGGGAUCCGUCUCCCAGGACAGACAGACAGGAAAUAGAUGUUGCAUGUACAGAAUAGACCAAAGAAAGCAAAAUUACACAAAUACAGCAUGAAUAUAUAUGAAGAAUGUGAUCAAGAGGACGCUGAGCAACUUCCAGGUGCUGCCAAAAACAGAAUAGAGGAAACUCACAUCACACUAUUCACACAAACAGAGGAAGGAGAGACAAGAAACCACAUAUAAAGGGAGAGACAUGAGCUGAGGCUGAAUCUCCUGCAGGAUGAGGAACCAAAAGCAGAACUUCUGGGAAUGGCGCCGACAGCCAGAGAAGCAGAGUGGUACCAGGAUGGCUGAUGGCCCGACAAAGAGAGAAAAGAAAGGAUGAGGAGGAGAGAAUAGGUACAGUUACCAUGGUUACAGUCGUUGUUCUUAUGUAUGGCAAGGGUACUCGAAGAGGCAAUAUACCAGACUGUAAUGGUUUAGAUGCAAUACCCACAUCACUCUGCACUGUGGUUAAACAAAAGACUCAAAUCAAGCUGAUAAUCACAAACUGGCCAAGAAGCUGGAUUCACUCACCUGUUCACUAAAAUACUGACUGACUGGGUUUUUCUUCAAACAAGUGGCUAAAAGUCAGAUAUAUGAAUGCAAACAUAUAAGCAUAGGUUCACAAUUUUUCAAGUCUGUUUUAAAACAACAAGUGCUUGUAUGUCAGUCUACUGUUACCACAAAGAGAUCCUUCCCUAAUGAGUUUCCAAUGUAAUUAAAGGGGGACAAAAUCUUCAUUUUGAGAAAAAAUACAUUCCAAAGUUUAUCUAAAGCUAAUAUGAGUCAGCUGUCUGAAGCUUUAGAUGAUUGACAGCCAACAACCCUGCACUCAUUCCUACCAAGAGCCUUUAAACACCAGAGAUAUCCAUCUGAAGUUAAUGUUAACAUUACAUCUACGGCCCUUCAUCAUUUUGCAUCAAUGUUAACUUUGGUGAUAUUUUUCCCCUAGUGGUGUUUUUAAAAGGUUUACCAGCUCACUGCAAAUUAGUUAGCAGAGAGUAAUAUUGUCUGUUGGUUGUUUUGUUCACAGUAUUUUCCUGUAAUACUGGCAUCAUAGAAAUGAGACAACACAUGUAUAAUUCCUCUCCAUAUUCUCUAAAGGCGACAUGCUCUGCUCUUCAUAGUCAUAGUCAUAGAAUUUUUCCCUUUUAUCAAGAUAUUACAUUCAGUCUGAAUGUGGUAUUAGUAUCUUGCCACAUCUUCAUCUUUGGUUAGUCAGUUGUUUUUUGUUGUUGUUUUUUUAAAUGUUGAGUUAUUUACCCAACAUGAAGCUUGUUAUAAUCUAUUCUACUCUUUUGAACUUACAUGUAAUUGUUUUAUAUUGAUUGUUAAUAACUUGUGUAUGUUUUGAAUGUCAUCUGCACAUCAUUUUGUACAAGAAACAAUAUAUUUGUUUUUAGAUAAAGCUUGUUGUGGCAGAUUGUUACUGCAUGAAGUUAACCUAAUGUAUAAUUGUGACCUAGUAAUUUUUAGUGUAGUUAGCUUUGAUAUAAGCAGGAAAUGUUUGUGUAGUUACUGAGCAGCAGUAUUUUAUACAAACACAGUAGGGUUAGAUUUUGAAUUCCCUUAAUAGUUUUACUAUUCUUUAAUAAAUGAUUUUUACAAUCAUAUGUUGCUUGUUCAUAUUUGGAAUAUUUAGUUUUACUGAUAAGAAUAUAUAUUUGAAUAGAGGUUGUGCAUAAUUAGUGAAUAUUGAUAUUUUACAUCUUGAUUUCUCUUUUAUUUCUUAUCAAACACAUGAUUUUACAUGCUGUCUGUGUUUUUGUUCUGAUUUUCUUACUGAACAAUCUGGAAAUGUAUCCUUUAACAUUUUUUCCAGCUGAAUAAACAAAACUGUAACUGAA